AUGACCAACUACGGCACAAUCCCCACCUCCUCCGCCGCCGCAAGCGGCGGCAGCUCCUCCUCGCCGUUCUCCAACCUUGCCUACAUCUCCCGCGCCGCCAAGGACCGGAUCCGAGACGGCCUCGGCAUCCUCCGCCCCUGGAAAUCCAUGCUCGACUUCCGCAGCCUCGGCCUCCCCGGAACCCUAGCCGAUGCAAUCGCCCGAUUGAAGACGAAUUCGACCUACUUCUGGAUGAACUACGCCGUAAUUGUCCUGGGGAUCUUGUUCCUCAGCCUCCUCUGGCACCAGAUCUCGCUCAUCGUCUUCAUCGCCGCCAUGGCCGGCUGGCUGUUCCUCUACUUCCUCCGCGACGAGCCGUUGGUGGUGUUCGGGCGGCUGAUCGGCGACCAGGCCGUGCUGAUCGGGCUCUCGGUGCUCACGGUGGCUCUGCUUCUCCUCACCGAUGUUCUGUGGAACACCGUGGGGUCGCUUGACUGGCGCGACGAUGGCGGGCUGGCGGCUGUGCGACGGCCGACGAGGGACGAUUUCCGAUUUCGCCAGUAA